AUGGUGGAGCGAGCAUGGACACACUCCCACGGUGGAGCGAGCACGGACCGAUUCCCACGAUGGAGCGAGCACGGACACAUUCCCACGGUGGAGCGAGCACGGACACACUCCCACGGUGGAGCGAGCACGGACCGAUUCCCACGAUGGAGCGAGCACGGACCGAUUCCCACGGUGGAGCGAGCACGGACACACUCCCAUGGUGGAGCGAGCAUGGACACACUCCCACGGUGGAGCGAGCACGGCCCGAUUCCCACGGUGGAGCGAGCACGGACACACUCCCACGGUGGAGCGAGCACGGACACAUUCCCACGGUGGAGCGAGCACGGACACACUCCCACGGUGGAGCGAGCACGGACACAUUCCCACAGUGGAGCGAGCACGGACACACUCCCACGGUGGAGCGAGCACGGACCGAUUCCCAUGGUGGAGCGAGCACGGACACACUCCCACGGUGGAGCGAGCACGGACACACUCCCACGGUGGAGCGAGCACGGACCGAUUCCCACGGUGGAGCGAGCACGGACACACUCCCACGGUGGAGCGAGCACGGACCGAUUCCCACGGUGGAGCGAGCACGGACACACUCCCACGGUGGAGCGAGUACGGACUGACUCCCACGGUGGAGCGAGCACGGACACAUUCCCACGGUGGAGCGAGCACGGACACACUCCCACGGUGGAGCGAGCACGGACAUACUCCCACGGUGGAGCGAGCACGGACCGACUCGCACAGCUCAGCGAGCACGGACCGAUUCCCACGGUGGAGCGAGCACGGACACACUCCCACGGUGGAGCGAGUACGGACCGACUCCCACGGUGGAGCGAGUACAGACCGACUCCCACGAUGGAGCGAGUAUGA